AUGGCGGAUACCUCUCGACUGCCCCCUGCUGCAACACCCUUCCCGCACAUCCGCAGCUGCGAGUUGUGCCGCCAGCGCAAGGUGAAAUGUGACCGUCAGCAACCUUGCUCGCACUGUACUCGGUCAGGCCAAGAAUGCCUGUACCCAUCGGGUCCGGGGAGAGCUCCCAAGCGGUCACGCCGGGCCGAGAAUGCGCAGCUCAUGGACAAACUCAGCCGCCUUGAGCACAUUAUCAAGCGUCUGGCAUCAGAAAAUCCGGUUGACUCCGAGGCAGUAUUGGCAGGUGGUGCUGACAGGGGAGCUGACUCCCUCCAGAGGACACAGCCCUCCUCCAGAUCAGGCGACGACGACAAGGAAUCACUACACAAGCCGCAAAGUGAGAUCUCCAAGGGCCCUGGCGAGGAUGCCUCUUCACUCGAUGUCCAGUUCGGCCGUCUGGUAGUCAAUGACUCCAUGAGCUACUAUGUUGGUAACGUGCUCUGGGCAAACUUGGCAAAUGAAGUUGACGGAAUUCGUGACAUGGUGCAAGAAGCUGAAGAGGAUGAGAGUGACGAUGAAGGGUUUGAUAUGCAGCCCACUCAAGCACCAGACCACGGUCAAUCGGGGUCCAAUGCGGCCCUGUUCGGUUUCCGUGCGAUUGCGUACUCCUUGCUAUCGUACCACCCUUCUCUAUCACAGGCUGUGAACCUGUUUGCAGUCUUCACGGAAAAUGUGUCGCCAAUGAUUCGCCUCUUUCAUUUGCCGUCACUGUCAAGGACAUAUUGGGACAGCAUCGCUGCACUCGACUCCCUAUCAAACGAGCAGUGCCUUGCUCUUCUGGGGGUGUCAAGGGAUACUGCCACAGAGAAAUAUCGGUUUUCUGCUGAGCAAGCGCUUGCCAGGGCCAAUCUGCUUAACACACACAGCAUGGUUCUCCUUCAAGCAGCCGUUCUGUUCCUAUCAGCCCUGCGGAACCAAGACGACUCGCGCACCACGUGGUCGCUGACAGCCUUGGUCUUCUACGUUGCGCAGAGCAUGGGUCUCCACCGCGACGGCACAGUCUUUGGGCUCAAACCAUUCGAGACCGAGCUUCGCCGGCGACUGUGGUGGUAUAUCUGUGUCCUCGACGGCCACUCAUCGAAAUACCAGGAACACGAAGCAAAUCUUCAUAAAUUCUUCUCUGACACAAAGCUCCCUCUCCAUGUCAAUGACAGUGAUCUCCAUCCUGACAUGACAGAUCCCCCUGUCGAACGAGAUGGGUGGACGGACAUGACCUUCUGCAUGGUCAGAUGCGAGGCUAUCAACACGGCUUCGAGCACCAAGCUGAUUGGCCCCGGCCUUCAAAGGGGCCCUUGGCGAGGGGGUGGUGAUAUUGGCUCUUCUGGCUUUUCUGUGGAAGGGCGAAAACAAAUCGUGCAAGACUUUGUGGAGAGAAUCACCAACAAGUACCUGCGCCAUUGUGAUCCAUCGGAGCCUGUCCUCCUGAUGUCCUCCAUGGUCAUGAAGCUGAUAUUUGCGCGGUUCUGGCUCCUGGUCUAUCGCCCACAGCCAGGUCCCACCAGCAACAAUGCGAGAGCAGAGAAGAGUCCAACGCCGGAGGGUACGCCAAGCAACAGCGGCUCGACUCCCUCGAGUCAAGAGCCCAGGAUACCUCUUGAGCCAGAGACCCGGGAGAAACUCUUCAGCAUGUCCAUCGAGGUUCUAGAGCUCUCAACAAGCAUCUUGACUCACCCCAAUCUUAUCAAGUGGUCGUGGUAUACGAGCACAUUUGUCCAGUGGCACGCUAUCGGCUAUGUCCUGGCCGAGAUAUGCUGCCGCCCCCCGUCGGCAGAAUGCGACCGCGCCUGGAGUGCGGUCAUGGCUGUAUACGACUCUGGGAUCCUGCGUGUCAACGAGCCAAAGGGUACUAUUUGGAAGCCCAUUCGGAGGCUUUUAGCCAAGGCGCGAUACGUUCGGGAGAGGCAAGGGCUGCAAAAACCUUCAGGAGGGCGUGUUGUGACGGGAAGUGGCAUUUCCGAGGGAUGGAAUGGAUCACAAAAUUCACGAGAUGCAGGAAGUGGAAGUCUUUUGCAAGCCGGAUCGGCUUCCCCGACUCCUCUGUCCACUGCCUCUUCUGCUCACGUAGUGGAUACCUCUGCUGGCGUUCAUUCUGGUGAGCCGGGUUCGUUCCCUACGACCUCUGGAGAUUCUCUGCUGGAUCUGUUGAAUUUGCCCGAAGAUAUUGGCAUGGGUGACCUGAGCAACUUCAACAUGUUCGAAGGAGACGGUGGCUUCUCCCUCGACAUGAUGGGCGCUGGAUCUGCGAUGGAUGGCUGGGAUGGCCGAAUGUGGUAG